GGAGAACCGACCCGGGGCCCCCGAGCACGAGGUGUCCCCCGAGACCGCGGUGGCGAAGGAGACCGACACGCGCAGCUGCUUCGUGCGACCCGCGGUGCGGAGGGGGCUGCUGCCCUCGAUCCUGGAGCGGCUCCUGGCGGCCCGGAAGCAGGCGAAGAAGGCGCUGGCCUCGGUCGCUGGCGCCUCCAUCGACGCGGAGACGAAGCGCAAGGUCCUCAACGGUCGCCAGCUCGCGCUGAAGCUCUCCGCCAAUUCGGUCUACGGGUUCACCGGGGCGAUGAACGGGCCACUGCCAUGCCUCGAGCUGGCUGGAGCGGUGACUGCGUACGGGCGGGAGAUGAUUCAGAGCACGAAGCGCAAGGUUGAGUCCCACUUCGUGCAGGCGAAUGGGUUCCGCUACGACGCCCAGGUUGUGUACGGGGAUACAGACUCCGUCAUGGUGCGUUUCGGGCCUGAAGAGCUCUCCCUGCAGGAUGCGAUGGACUUGAGCGCGAAGGCCGCGGAGGUCUGCUCCGCGGAGUUUCCGUCCCCGGCACGCUUGGAAUUCGAGAAAGUCUACAGGCCGUACCUUCUCAUGGCCAAGAAGCGGUACGCGGGUCUCGCGUUCGCCUCCCCGGACUCCGCCCCGAAGCUCGACACGAAGGGCAUCGAGACGGUGCGGCGGGACUGGUCCGAUCUCGUGCGACAGGGGCUGGAGCGGACCCUGCACCUGCUGCUCAGGCCCGACGGCCAGGACGGCGUGGCGAGCGCGAUAUCGUACGUGCGCAAUUUGUGCGACGAGGUGCGGCAGAACAAGGUGGACUUCAGAGCCCUCAUCAUCUCCAAGUCCUUGGGACGCGACGAGUAUGCCGCGAAGCUGCCGCACGUGACGGUGGCGGAGAAGCUGCGGAAGAGAGACCCAGCCAGCGCUCCAUCCAUAGGCGACCGGGUGCCUUACCUCGUCCUCGGGGGUGCGGCCAAGAGCAACGUGAACGAGAGAGCAGAGGAUCCCUUGUACGCGCUGGAGCACGAGCUGCCGAUCGAUGCCGAGUACUACCUGGAGAAGCAGCUGAAGCAGCCGCUGAUCCGGGUCUUCGAGCUCGUGCUCGGGAGCGCGCAGAAGGCGGAGCAGGAGCUCUUCGGAGCGGCGCCCGCGGAAAGGAAGGUCGUCGCGAGCGCGGGGAUCUCCACCCUGGGGGGCAUGGGCAAGUUCAUGAAGCCGCGGCUGAAGUGCCUCGACUGCGGGGCGGCCACGACCCCGGACGGGCAGAGCUUCUGCGACCUCUGCUCCAAGAAGGGCCCCGUGCGCGCCCAGCAGGUGCGCGAGGAGGCGACCGAGCGCGCCAGGGGGCUGCGCAAGGACCUCGGGGACCUGCGGGCGCACUGCGAGCAGCGCUGCGCCGUGCCGCCCGGCAGCUUCCUCGGGCUGCCCCCGGACCCGCCGCGGGAGGAGCGGCCCGCGGAGCCGGACGGGCGCGAGAGGUGCGACAACCUGAACUGCCAGGUGAUCUUCAGGCGGGUGCGCGUCGCAAAGGAGCUGAAGGCCGCCUCGGACGCGCUCGCGCGCCUGAAGCCCGAGUGCGGCGCUGCCCCCGGGGCAGCCGGCCCGAGCGCGGCGGCCCCCGCGAUGCCGCCGCCGCCGCCCACGCUGCGCUUUCUCGGCGCGGCCUUCGCCGCCCUCUGGCAGCGGGGCGCGCCGCAGGCGGCGCCGGGCGCGACGCCAUGGCUCUUCCCCGCGACCUGGCGCACCAGGCUCUGGGUGGCGCCGGUGGACCGGAUGCUAGGCCUCUGCGGGAACCGCAGCCUCACCGACGCCGACCUGGCCACAUUCUGGCUGGCCUCCCGGUGGGGCGGCUUCGAGAACAGGACGGACCUCGCCCUCCUGCGGGCGCAGGGCACGCGCGCUCUGGUGCUCCACCGCUGCGUCGUGGAGCCGGACCUGCUCAGGGCCUUCCUCGACCGCGCGUACACGGAGGGCCUCACGGUGUUCGCAGAGCUGCCGCGGCGCUUGUUCGUACAGGAGCCCAGCGGCUGCCUGCACAGCGGCUACGACUGCUUCCUUGCGGUGAGGGCCCACUGGCGCGAGCUGCUCGCCACGCCCCUGGUGGAGGAGCGCGGCGGGCGGCGGUACCACCCCGCGCUGGAGGCCGCUCUGCUCUUCCAGGGCCUGGACGCCGCCGCGGCCGCGGCCGCUGGCGCUGGCUGCGACGCGGCCUGCAGCCUGCAGGGGGCCCUGCAGGCGCUGGUCACCGGCUGGGACGGCCUGCUAGAUGCCGAGGUUGAGCUCGGGGUCGCGCCCGGCCGCACGCGGGUGGCGGCGACGCUCCCUUCCGCCGCGGCCUCUGGCGCGGAGGGCUCCUCCACGGAACAGCGCCUCUGCUACCGCAGGCGGGCGUCCGAGGGCGGCUGCGCGGGGCAGCACACGCUGCGCAGCUUCUGGCUGAACUCCCAGAGGCUGCCCAACGCCUCCUGGCAGCCCCAUGCGCCCCACCAGAACCUCAGCGCCCACCUGCCCGCGCGCUGGCUGCACACUUUCGGGGCCGGAGUCCCCCUGGAGACGCUGCUACAGGUCCUGCGGGACUACGAGGAGUUCGUGGACCCCCCGUCGGACGGCGGCACGCCGUCGGCGCUGCUGGAGUUCCGCCCGUGAGCGGCGGCCUGGGCCGGCGGAGACACCCGGCCCGGCCUGCGGAGAGCGAGCCGCAGGCGCGCGAGCGGCGAUGUCGGCGACGGCGACGUCGGUUCCGGCUCUGCAGGCGGGGAAAACACAC